AUGAAGUUUACCAACGCCAUUCUCUCUCUCCUUGCCUCCCAGGCGGCGGCUCAGGUCAUCGACAUUCAGAUCGGUGACACCGCCAUGCUCGACCUGAUGCGCCAGGCUGCCGAAGCGUCAGCGCGUGGUGAUCAUGAACGCGCCGCCGAGCUGAGAGAGCUUCUCAGUAUCUCUCGCUCUCCUUCUAAGGAAGAGGUUCGAUACAAGACAGAAUGUCGCGUCAGCUCAAAGUUCGAGGCCGAGAUUUACACUGUCCGUGACCCCUCGAGCGCUCCCAAGGAAAUUGCGUGGGCUAUGAAUUUUCUCGAUGAACAUUGGAAGACCGACGAUGGCCGCGAUCUUCCUUAUCCUGGCGACUUUGAUCGUUUUAUGCAUCCUCAGGGCUUCAGAGUCAUGCGCGCCGAUUACAAGAGUCUACCUUGGGCUGUGCGCAAGUACCACGAAGAACUUGUCAAGGAAGGCACCAAGAUGGAGCGCAAGUUCAUUGAUGAGCUUGAUGGAAACGCAUUCUUCGCACCUGGUGUCAUGACUUGGCUGGCGCCUUUGUUUGCUGGAAGCGAAGUUGUACCUGGAAAGAAUGCAUGCGAGGAUGAUCUUGUUGAUUUCAGUAAUUGGAACAAAGAGAAGAAGGAUGUCUCUGACGAUGUCAAGUACUCGUUCUCCUACGGUGGCAGAGUACAGAUUGGGGACAAUAUCACGGUUGAGUUGAGAGCCGAAAAGUCUUCCAAAGAGAAGGCUACCGAAGAGAAGACUACUAAAGGGAAGACUGCUGAAGAGGAAGCUGAAGCUGGUGAACUGUGA